UAGUUUACGCUCUCGGUGAUGUUAUUUGUUUACUUCUAAGCUGACUUUCAGUUAAUUUUAAGAAAGUUGUGUAACAUUAUUCUGUAUUUAUCGCAGUGUUACGCUUAAAAUGGUUUAAAUUGGUUUAAAAACAAAAUUAAGUAUGGAUAUUCAUUUCCCGCAAGAAAGAGGAGGUCGAUAGUCUUUUGUUAGCACCACCCAGUGGAGUUAAGACGCAACGGCGUCUCUCUAUGACUGGACUCAGGACUGAACAUUUUGGGUAAUUAUCUCUGACCUGGACUCCUAGCCUUUCACGCUCGGACUUUAACUACCAUAGAAACACUUUAUUAAAACCGUAUUACAUCCAUAUAGAUAAAAAAAUAUUACAACUUAACUGUUGUGAAGACCUAAAACAGCCGAAUAAAAUAUAAACAAUGAGUCAGUCAUUACAGCAUUAGAAUGACUGACAUGAAAAUAUAAGAAAAGUCUCUGGUGAUCAUGAAGGUGUCUUUAACACCUGCGUAGUUGGACAGUGUUUGACUGGAGGACACAUGAAGACACAGGAGGUGAAUAAGUGGAUAAACUCUGAACUGACCUCUCUUUGAACGAGUAGAUGAUUGAAGAUGAUGAGGUUUGAAGACGACUGAGCUCUUCUCACCGUAACAGCCUUUAAAAAGUUUUCUAAAUCAGUGACACAGACUGACCACAGGAGGCAGAAGAGGGCCAGCAGGUUUGACAUUUUUGGAUGAUCUUUGGUGAAGGAGGGUGAGCAGCUGGGGUUGUUGACAUGAGCGGGCGUAGACAUUACUAGCCGAGUCUGCUGACAGAUCUGACUCUGUAAAAAAUCAAAGACGUCAAAGACAUCUUGACUGUGGAGGAGGUUGGAACUGUUUGGUCCUGACCCGUCUCCUUAAAAUGAAAACCUGGAACUGGACUAGUCAAACCUAUAGAUAUAGACUCAUCUGCUGGUCCUCAGUACCAGAGUUAUCUCUUGGGGAAGGUGGGGGGGCUGGUGUUGAUCCACAUCUGGACAUUUGGUUGGCUGUGACUGAAGCAGCUGAAUAGUGUGUUCUGUUUGAAGAGCUGAGACGCGAGCGUCCCUCAGGAAGAAACAGAGCUCAGCUCAGCAAACAGCAGCGUUGAGCAGCAGCUUCGUCAUAAUUAGUUUCUGCUCAUAAACGCUGCUCUGAGUGACAUUCAACAGGCUUCACCGCCACAAACGGAACUUUCCACCCGGCAAAUCUGUUUGUCCGUCUCCACCAUCGGAUUCAAAUCCUUUUGUUGUUUUUGUCGGAAGAACCAGAGAACCAUCCAUCUCUCCAUCCGUCCAAUCAUCCAUCACUGCCCCCAGUAGGGUGAAUGAUGCUCGCCCCAACACUGCCUCCUACUGGUGUUGAGACUAAUUACAUCAGUCGUUGAGGACGGGGUAGAACCACACACAAAGACAACAAAGUGGACCAUACCAGGUGUGUGUGUGUGUGUUCUUCUGGUCCAGAGCCCACAGCCUCCAGAGGUGUUCUCGCUCCAACAGUCGGAGCCGUGACCUUUGACCAUACAGUCCUCUGUAGUUCAUGGGUCAUAGUACCGUUCCUGGAUCUGUCCCACAGACCUGUUGUCAAACCCUCACUGUUAGAGUCCUAGUCCUAGUCCUGACCUAGAGGCUAAAACCAGGUUAGUUUAAGAGGUCAUCCUGUCAAAGGUCAAAGGUCACAAGGAUCUGGACUAUUUUAAAAUGUUCAGAAAGAACCAAUUUCAGGUUCAGGUACAGUUUUUUUCAUCCUGUUUAUACUGACGUUCUUCGGUUAGAGAUCAGGACUCAGUCUCCAGGGACGGGUGUCAGAGCGUCCUCCCUCCAUCACUGUCCUCAUCUUACACACACCUGGAUCAGGUUCCUGGGCGGAGGACGAGUGGAUGGAGCUUAGAGCUCACAGAAAGACGGAGACACAGAGACACGGAGACACAGAGACACAGAGACACAGAGACGAUGGUGAGACCCUGUCACAGCCACACACUAUUUCUCACAUUUGUGUCAAACUCAGGCUUGUCUCCAUCUGUUGUCUCUGUCUGUUGUCUCCGUCUGUUGUCUCCGUCUGUUGUCUCCGUCUCAUCACAGGCCAAGUUCCUGACCCAGGAUCAGAUCAACGGUGAGACCCCGACCCCGUCUCUGUUCUGGACCUUUGAACUGUGUCUGUCUUAGUCUAAGAUCUAAUGGUCUAUUAUCUGGUUCCACCAACGUUCCUCCUCUUUCAGGUCUGUGUGGAACCAAACAGUACCCUGACUUCCUGGUACUUUAUUAUGCCUAAAUCCUUGUCUGAGAUUGUUCUGAGAUUGUGCCCAGACAACAGGUCUAUAAAAUAGUUCUGUUUGAGAACCAGGUUUUACACAUAGUCAGUGAGAUUAAAGACUGACCAAUCAGGAAGUGGCAUGUGGUUCUGUUGUUUGGUUCCUGGUACUUCACUAACAUCAGUCCUGGUUCCUGCAGAGUUCAAAGAGUGCUUCUCUCUGUACGACCGCCAACGUAAAGGAAAGAUCGGAGCUCCGGACUUGAUCACAGCGAUGCGGUGCCUCGGUUCAAGUCCCACGCCCUCUGAGGUCCAGCGCCACCUGCUGAGCCACAACAUAGAUCGAGGUGGAGAACUCGACUUCUCCACCUUUCUGGCCAUCAUGCACCGUCAGCUCCAGCAGGAGGCCCCGGAGGAGGAGAUUCUGGAGGCCAUGAAGAUGGCCGACAAGGAGCAGAAAGGCUACGUGUUAGCACAUGAGCUACGAGCUAAGCUAACUGGACAUGGAGAGAAACUGACCAACAAAGAAGUGGACGAGCUGCUGAAGGACGCUGGUGUGGGUCCAGACGGUCACGUCCACUGUGAACAGUUUGCCAAAGCGGUGACACACACACCUGUGAGGCGCUGACAUCACCACCACAGCUAUGACAUCACAACCACAGCUGUGACAUCAUCAGCACAUCUGUCCAGGUCUGUUCUGCUGCUCUUCUGGUGACUGACCUCAGAUGUUUCCAACAGAUUUACCUCAGUUAUACAAUCUGACCACAAGAGGCAGCAGUGGAGCAGCAGUCCCGGUGUAGGUCCCCACCCCCCCCCCCCCGCCCCCCCAGUCAGUCAGAGAAACUAAAACAGUUCUUUAUCUGAGGGACCAAAGUCCUGCUGUGUCAACACCAACACCAGGGUCUGAGCUGCAGCUGCUGCGUUCACACACUGAUGGAACUCUGGCAGAACAUUCGUUUUCUCUCACCUUCUGGGUUCUGUUGACUGGAGCUGGAACCGAUGAACUUUUCACUUUACCCUGACAGACACCUGACAGUUCCUGAACACGUGUGUGUG